AUGCUCACUCAUCUCUCAGGUAUAUAAGCUAAAACAUUCAAAAAAAAUAAUGCAGAGCUUAAUUGUUUAGUCUUCAAAAUUUUCAAAAUCGAACGGCACAAAUUAAAACCAAAACCGCCACUAUCAUUUAAAAAUCUAAAACAAUUUAUUUGCCAAAGUGGUGGCAAGCGAGAAUACGAAAAGAUGCAUGGUGAACAUCUUUGUAAAUCACUCUUAAAAUCAUGCAAGUCCCUAAACUGUAUCAAACAAGUUCAUGCUUUUGCUUACAAAACUGCCUUAAAAAACGACCCUGUCAUAGCUGGAGAGUUCAUACUCUGUUGUGCAGUGUUAAUCACCAAUGCUAUCGAAUACGCGCAACGCUUCUUUCUUGAAAUCACUCAACCAGAUGUCUUCAUGUACAAUACCCUUAUUCGUGGCUUCUCGGACUCCAACUCUCCGCAGAGAGCUUUAACCACAUUUGUGGAAAUGUGUCGAAAUUUGAACCCUGAUAGCUAUUCUUUUGCUUUUAUUCUCAAGGCGGCGGCUCUGUCGAGGUGUUUUAGGACUGGGGUUCAGCUACAUUGUAUGGGGAUGAAGUAUGGGCUUGAUACUCAUGUGUUUGUUGGGACUACAUUGGUGAGCAUGUAUGCGGAAUGCGGGGGUUUGGAGUUCGCACGGAAGGUGUUUGAUGAAAUGCCUGAGAGGAAUGUUGUGGCGUGGAAUGCGAUGGUUAAUGGGUUUUGUAGGGGUGGUGAGUUGAAGGGUGCGGAGGAGGUUUUUGGGUUGAUGCCGGUGAGGGAUUUGGAUUCUUGGAAUGUGAUGCUUGCGGGGUAUGUUAAGGCAGGGGAGGUGGAGGUUGCGGAGAAGUUCUUUUUGGAGAUUCCGGAGAAGGAUGGUGUUUCUUGGAGUACUAUGAUUGUUGGGUUUGCGCAGAAUUGUUGUUUUGAUUCGGCUUUUGGUUAUUUUAGGGAGAUGCAAAGAAUUGGGAUGAGAUCAAACGAGGCGAGUUUGACAGGAGUUCUGUCUGCAUGCUCACAAGCUGGAGCAUUUGAGUUUGCGAAAAUCUUACAUGCAUUUAUGGAAAAAUCGGGGUUUGUUUGGAUUACUUCUGUGAAUAAUGCUCUACUGGAUACUUACUCUAGAUGUGGUAAUGUGUGCAUGGCACUUUUGAUCUUUGAAAGAAUGCCGGGAGAAAAGAGUGUGAUUUCCUGGACAUCAAUGAUUGCUGGAUUAGCAAUGCAAGGGUAUGCUGAAAAGGCCAUGGCUCUUUUCAUGGAGAUGGAAGUGUUUGGACUGAGGCCUGAUGGCAUUACUUUCAUUUCUGUACUUUAUGCAUGUAGUCAUGCUGGGUUGAUUGAAGAAGGAUGCAGGUACUUUUCUAAGAUGAAAGAAAAAUAUGGCUUAGAACCUACAAUCGAGCAUUAUGGUUGUAUGGUUGAUUUAUAUGGUCGUGCUGGACAAUUGCACAAGGCAUACAAUUUCAUUUUACAAAUGCCAAUACCUCCUAAUGCCAUAAUUUGGAGGACUCUUCUUGGGGCUUGCAGCAUUCACGGUAACAUUGAAUUGGCUGUGCAAGUAAGGAAAAGUUUAUAUGAGAUGGAUCCAAACAAUUCUGGUGACCAUGUUUUGUUGUCGAAUAUAUACGCCGCUGCUGGUAAAUGGAAGGAUGUUGCUAGUGUGAGAAAGUCAAUGACAAGUAAGAAGUUAAAUAAAAAUCCAGGUUGGAGCAUGUUGGAAGUUGACAAAGUUAUGUACAGAUUUGUGGCAGGUGAAAGGCGAAAUAAGAUCACAGAAGAGGCUUAUGACAAGCUUGAGGAGAUUAUGUUGAAGUUAAAAUUUGAAGGAUAUAUACCAGAGUCUCGAGGUGUUUUGCAUGAUGUAGAAGAUGAAGAAAAGGAAGAUGCGGUGUCUAAACACAGUGAGAAGCUUGCUGUUGCAUUUGGGAUGACAAGAUUGUGUAAAGGAAGAGUGCUGAGAGUUGUUAAGAACUUAAGGGUGUGUACGGAUUGCCAUAUGGUGAUGAAAUUAAUAUCUAAAGUUUAUAAAUUAGAAAUAGUUCUGAGGGAUAGAAGUCGGUUUCAUUCUUUCAAAGACGGUUUAUGUUCGUGUAAAGAUUACUGGUGA